ACCUUUUCUUUCAAACAAAUUGAAAAUGUCGCAUAACUUUGAAGAUGAUUUAUAUAAUAUAUAUAAUAGGGGAGGAGAAGAGAAUGCAUAUAAUGAUGAGGACUUAUAUGGUGAUGAUCCAGUUGUAGAAGAUAAAGAUGGAAGCGUCAAUGAAAGUGAAUCGUUUGGAUUGAAUGAACAACAGUUCGAGUCUACACAACAACAACAACAUUCAAAUGAUAAAUUAGAUGAAUUCAAUCAGUCACAACAACAACAACAACAAAAGAAAUCAUAUCAAAGACAACAACAAUAUUAUCAAACAGGUGGAGCUAAUUGGGUGUACAAUCCAUUUUUGUAUCAGCAAUAUAUGGCAAUGUAUCAAAGAAACUUACAACAACAAAUGGCAUUUAGUCCAUAUCAAAUGUUUCAAAACAAUACAAGACCCUAUAUGUCUCAACCAACUGGAAAUAUGAACAACAAUGAAAAAAUGGCUGAUGACGAAUCAGAUGAAGGAAAAAUAUUUGUUGGAGGACUUAGCUGGGAUACCACUGAUGAAAGUUUGCGUCAAUACUUUUCUCAAUUUGGUGAAGUAGUUAAAUGUACAAUCAUGCGUGAUCCAAUGACUCAACGCUCGAAAGGUUAUGCCUUUUUAACAAUGAGUGACAAAUCUGCAGUUGAAAACAUUAUGAAUCAAGAUCAACAUUACUUAGAUGGCAAGAAGAUUGAUCCAAAAAAAGCUAUUUCUCGAGAAGAACAAGAAAAAACAGAAAAGAUUUUUGUAGGAGGCAUCUCACCUGAAGUAACUGAAGAAGAAUUCCGUAAUUUUUUUGCACAAUUUGGUACAGUGCUUAAUGCCACUUUAAUCAUGGAACGUGAUACAGGCAGACCACGUGGGUUUGGAUUCGUCACAUUUCAAAGCAGUGAAGACGUUGAUGAAGUCUUAAAGAAUCCAAAUUUAUCAAUUAAAGAUAAGACGAUUGACAUCAGGAGAGCCACGCCAAAAGGGAAACAGAAUAGAAUAACAACAAACUUCAGGCCUUCCGUCUUUGUACCAAAUAUGACUUAUUAUAAUAACAUGCCAUCUCCAUCCAACUAUCGUCGACAAGAUAAUACACGUGCUACUACUGAUAAUAAAAGGAAUCCAAAGGAGCGUUAUAACGGUGGUGCCUCAUAUCCUUCUCCUCAAUCAAGAAAUCCACAACACUACCGACCUUAUUAGUGUCGGAGUAUGAAUUGUAUGUAUAUCGUGACUUUAACCCGCGGUUCAGCCAUUCUAAUUGAUCGCGUUCCAUUUAAUUGAGCGAAUAAAAAUUAAUAAAAAAAUUUAGGAAACAGGAGUACGAGG